CCUCUUUCCUCCCUUUCCGCUGAAAUUUCUUCAGAGUAGGAAGUCUGCGUGCCUAAGGUGCUCGGUUCUUCACCCGAAGCUAAGGCCCACAAUCCGGCGACUAGCACCGUCAAAGUUAGGCAUCCGACGCCACAAAAAUAAAAUCCAAGACCUAAGAUGGCCUCCGUGUCCGAGCUCGCCUGUAUUUACUCCGCUCUCAUCCUCCACGACGAUGAAGUCACCGUCACCGAGGAUAAGCUGAACGCUCUGAUCAAGGCCGCUGGAGUCACCGUGGAGCCCUUCUGGCCAAGUCUCUUCGCCAAGGCUCUGUCCAGCGUUGACAUCGGCAGCCUGAUCUGCAACGUCGGAGCUGGAGGUGGAGCUCCAGCUGGAGCCCCCGCUGCCGGAGGAGCCCCCGCUGGCGGAGACGCCCCAGCCAAGGAGGAGGAGAAGAAAGAGGAGAAGAAGGAAGAGUCUGAGGAGUCCGACGACGACAUGGGCUUCGGUCUGUUUGACUAAGACUGUUUUUGUAACAAAACACAAUAAAAGUACAAAAACGAA